UGCUCUGUCAUUGGACGGUCCUCUCUCUUCACUUUCACUUUCGCUCCUCCCCUGCAACGCGCUUGCUACCGAUCGCGAGAGGGGCUUUACGUGUCCUGUUCUACCCCAAGAGUUUACCAAUAGGUUAUCUUAAUGGACUAUUUAUCGCUGCACAGCUCUUGUACGUUAUUAAUGGAAUGAAGAAAAGCCUGUAAAAUAGCGUGUAUUGACACAAUGAGUUGCCGUUCGGUGUUGAAAUCAAAAGUGAAAGUGAUUUGUUGUUAUUGUGUUCUCUGCUUUUGCAUUUAUUUUACCUCGUACUAUCCUUAAACUGUGGCUGUGACACCAAAAACACAGAAACCAGACUUCAUGAUGAUUACUGAAGUGAUUUUGUUUGGAUGCUUCCUGACGUGCGUUCGUGGCAAUGGUGUUGCAGACGUCGUACUUUCCUGUGCCCUGGUGGAGGAGGGAGUUGGACUGAGUGGAUUGGGGGGUGGCUCUCCUUUUACUCGGACUCCAGCCACUCUUGUCUUAAGAGACAUUGCAGUGUCUCCUGACGAAUCGCUUGAGACACUCACUCCGUUUGCCCCGCCUUCAAUCCCUGAUCCAGAUGCCAUCCUCAUAGAAACAAAAGUCUCAUCACCAGAGAUCCCCAAUGGAGCUGAGUUGCUCCAUGCGGACUGCAAUGAGCAGGAGGUGACCUGCGAAAUAAGCCGUUACUCCCCUCGUGGAUAUCAGGAAGGUUCAGAUCCAGCUUACUUCAUGGUGUCCCUUACUGUGGAAGGAGCUGAGUUCAGCUCUAUGCUGAUUCUGCAGACUUUGUUGGUGAAGAAGGACCAGUCGACCCUCAUACAAAAUAAACUGGGUCUGCCUCUUAGCCAGUCUGGAACCAUUUUGACUGAGGUAAUAUUUCUGGUGUUUUCCAACGUGAAGUCCGUUUCUGCCCCUCUGAGAGGUGAUGUUGUCCUCCACUGUGGCUUCAAGCAACAGGAGAUACCCCUAGCACAGGAGGUGGGCAUUGAAUGGCGACUGCAGCACAGGGGAAAAGGACAGAAAGUGCUUGACAUGAAGACAAGACUGGAUGAUGUAGAAGGGAGCACAAAGGUGCAUGAAGAACGGAGGGGCUCAAGCGUGGAUGCUGUACAGGUGGUCAGUAACGGUGAUGCCUCUGUGACUCUGACAAAGCUGAAGGUUGCUGAUGAGGGAACUUAUAUCUGUACAGUCAAUAUAGGCCCUUUCCACACCCAGCAGGUCAUCCAACUCCACAUUUCUCAACCACCACAUGUUGCCCUCUCAGAGGAGAAGUUGGUUUUGAAUACCCAGUCAUCUCAGACACUGAGCUGCCACGCCACAAAAUACUAUCCACUGGAUGUUCAGAUGGAGUGGUCUUUCCUCUCUCCUACAGACACGGAGCCUACAGUAUUUCCAGAUCAGGGCUCUCUGUCCAGCCAUCGACAGCAUGGUGAUGGAACUUAUUCCCUGUCAUCUCACCUCACUUUGCCCUCCACGGUCUCCCCUGGAACUAAAAUCACCUGCAGGGUGUCCCACCUGGCCCUGGACAAUCCUGUCUCUGUCAGUCUGGUGGUCGAAAGUCCACAGCCAGAUUCCUAUUGGUGGGUUCUGGGCUUCCUGAUCAUCACUGUGCUUUUCUUCUACCAGGUCAUGCGAUAAGUCAGUAGGAGAGAUUCUUGUAGAUCAUCCUGACUUGAAACUGAACCCAGAAAAACUUUCUGUCUUUGUGUCAUUUGUGAGUCUGAAAAUUAAUAAUGAUUUCGUUUGAAGCUCUCAUCAGUUUUUCUUUUAACUUUUCUUGUCUUCUGCUGAACUAAAAAUACAAAUCUGAGGAGAAAUCAACUGUUUUUAAAUAUGUGGCCGUAUAAUUUAUUUGCUUUGUAAAUUUGUUGUUAAGUAUGGUUGGUAGUGGUUUACUUAUGAAAAGUUGCAGAAAGCAGGUUUGGUUUAUGCAUUUCUGUAACGUAAUGUGAAUGUAUAUACAAUUAAGCACAACUAAUAUUUCUGCAGCUAUAAAACAGUUUGGGGUUUAAUGUUUGACUCAGUGUAUAUCAUGCAGCUUCAGUGAAAAAUCUGAACGUUAAGGAAGUUUAUUGUUUAUUCUUUUGGAAAGGCUUUUGUUGUUGUUGUGUUGAUAUCACUGGCACUAUUUUAAAUGUAGACUAUAUUUUCAUGGCU